CCUUGUUCAAGAAGGGGAGUAGAGACAACCCUGCUACAGAUUACCUCCGGUCGGAGGAGACAUCCUGGCUAGCAGACAGCACUGAGACACAGACGAUGAGUGUGAUAACAGAGGUAGCCUCCAGAACAAAUCCGGCUGCAUCUUCUGACGUCAGUGAGUCACUUGAAGGGGCACAGUGUGUUGGCAGCCAACCAAGGAUUCAGGAUGGCAGAGGACGACGACAAAGGCCUGUGGGCACCUUCACAAUGGCAACAGCCUCACUGGUCGGCAUGGACACCGUGCUGGAGCAGGAAGAAGACAUGAGGAAUAUUGAACAGGGCCUCUCCAAUCUCACACGCUCCCUUAAGGCAAAGCGAACAUUGCUGAGUGACAGCCCGACCACAGCAAGGUGUGAGAGAGCGUUAAAGCUGCCUGUGAGAGCAGGCAAACUGACCGUGCUGAAAGGAGUGAAUGGGAGGACAGUAGGAAUCCAUCAAACCAAUAAGCUAGUGCUGAGUAAGAAGCUAUUGCUCAAUCCCACCAUGGCGGGAGCUGCAUGGAGGCCUGGACGUCAAACUCACAGGAAAUCCCGGGAAGUGCAACAUCAAGACUGUGGGAGGAAACUGCAGAGGAGCAUCAAACGCAACUCGCUGGUGGAAACCCUCAAACACCAAUUGUCCACCAUCUGCCUGUGGGACGAGACCAAACAGUCACUGCACUCGGUGAAAGCACGGAACGUCCGGUCUGUCCUUUAGCCACACAGCAGCAGAGCAUUCCACAACCAGGUCAACUCCACAGUAUCCCGCCCGUUCUCUCAUCGCCGACACUAUCACCCAACCAGACCUCUCACCUCGCUCCUCACCCACGUAGAUCCAUUAUUCACCCUCUCACCUGCAUAACACAUCUCCCAGCCACUCACCAAGAUCCUUCACCAACCUCCUAACCUCGCACCAGUCAACCCCUCAAACCUCCCAGCCCCAUCACCAAGACCCCUCACAUCUUACCCACUCACCAAGACUCCUACCCAGUCACUUCCACCCAGUGUCCUCCUUUAGCUACACUGCACACAUUCCAUUCUUUCACCUUCACUACCUCAUUCACCAAAUUUUACCUCUCCACUCAUUCCUCCAGUUGAAGCUAAGCACAGUUAAUGGGUUUUUUAAAAUCGAGAACAAUGUUUGAAGAAACAAAUAGAAAGUGAUUUUUAAAAAUAGAUUGAUGCUUGUCUUUCAGGGAGGGGCUAAUAGCUGUUCAAUAAGGUAAUUGGAGAUUUUUCUGGAAGUUUUCUUUUGUACCUCAUAUAAAUCUCCACAAUUGGCCAAUUCCUGUCCCAGAUACAGGUUACAGUGUCAGUUCAUUUCCAUGACCCAAUGUCAGUGAUACAACCAGACCCUUCCCCCCACCCCCACUAUUCCAAAGCAGCAUCCCCAACCCGACCCUUCCUACU